UGACAGUUAGGAUAUAUGUGUUGGGAUGCUGAUUGGAAACAGGGGUCGCACUCAUUGUGUGAAGACAAGACAACCAUACUGAGGCACCUAAGCCACUCUCUCUCCCUCUCUCUUCGUCCAACACUCUCACUUACUCCUGCAAAAAUCAUGGCAGACAAAAACAGUCGGGUCAGUGUUAAGCGGAAGGAGAAGAAGGUGGAGAAAAAACCCAAUGAGGAGAAGGAAAAGGCAAAAGCUGUGAAGAAGCAGCAGGACAAAGUUGUGAAGAAGCCAGAGACGGCUCCUGCUUCAGCGGAAGAGGAAAAGAGGAACGGGGAAGCUGGAGGGGCAGCAGGCGAGGAGGCCAAGAAAAGUGAUGGAAAUGGAGAGUUUGAGCCUUAUGAACUGCCGCCGUUUGAGAUCGUCGUAGGGGAACAGAUGAGCCCAUUCUACUUCAAGUUUCAGUUCAGGAAUGUGGAAUACUCAUCCGGGAGGAACAAGACCCUGCUGUGCUACCAAGUAGACACGCCAGGAGGCACCACAGAACCUGUGAAAGGUUAUAUGGAGGAUGAACAUGCCACAGCUCAUGCUGAAGAGGCUUUCUUUCAGCAGGUGCUCCCUAACAGUAACCCGUCGCAGGAAUGUGGCGUCACAUGGUACAUGUCUUCUAGUCCAUGUGCGCCUUGUGCUGCUAAACUGGCCAACAUCCUCCAGCAGCGCAAAAAGGUCCGGCUGUGUAUAUUCUGCUCCCGUCUUUUUGACUGGGAAGAGCCAGAAAUAGUGGAGGGUCUCAAGGCGUUGGUGAACGCUGGCUGCAAACUGAGGAUGAUGAAGCCUUCUGACUUCCUGCAUGUUUGGGAGACCUAUGUAGAGAAGGAGGACCAGACCUUUACACCCUGGGAGGACUGUCAGGAAAACUACGAUUUUUAUGUGGAGAAACUGGCUGGCGUCCUCAAGUAGACGUCUACAUGUGGAAAAGGUUUAGCCAAACCAGGAAUUUGUGCAGGUUGAACAACUUUCCUACUAUCAAACCUGAUGAUGCAAAGUUAGAAUGAACAAGUGAUGGUAAAAUAUUUUUAUUUGAAUCAUUUCAUUGGAAGAAACAAAGUUUAUUGUAUUUUUCUACGACAGAGUAAUUUAUCACAUAUUAGAGCCACUUUGCAAUUACAGCCAAGGGUAUUGGGGAGCCAAAUUGAUCAGGUUUAAUCCACCCCGCUCUCGUGUUUGUAUGAGGUAUCGUGCCCGGUUUAAAAGAGACCUAAUAUAAUUUCAAUCAUAAUCAAACACGUACACUUCGUUGACGUCUACAUAACGUGUACUGAAUACAUUUUGGAGUAAAUUUUGCUCCGCAGCCACUUUUGCAAGCUGUUUGUUUGUGAGGGCAUUCUCUUUCUACCGUCAUUCUAUCUUUUGCAAAUAUACACUCUUAAAUACGUAUCUUAAAGACUAACUUAUCCAGGCAUACAAGAUCAAUCAAUCAUUUAAUCAAUCAAUGUUUAUUUAUAUAGCCCUGAAACACAAGUGCCUCAAAGGGCUGCACAAACCACAACGACAUCCUUGGUAGGGCCCACAUAAGGGCAAGGAAAAACUCACCCCAGUGGGACGUCGACAAUGAUGACUAUGAGAAACCUUGGAGAGGACCGCAUAUGUGGGCAACCCCCCCCCGGGGACCGAAACCAAUGGAUGUCGAGCGGAUCUAACAUUAUAUUGUUAAAGUCCAAUCCAUAGUGGAUCUAACGUAACCGUGAGAAUAAAGUCCAAAGUGGAUCCAAUAUAGUAGCGAGAGUCCCAUCCAAAGUGGAGCCAGCAGGAAACCAUCCCAAGCGGAGGCGGAUCAGCAGCGCAGAGACGUCCCCAACCGAUACACAGGCGAGCGGUCUAUCCUGGGUCCCGACUCUGGACAGCCAGUACUUCAUCCAUGGCCACCGGACCGGUCCCCCUCCACAAGGGAAGGGGGGACUUAGGAGAAAAAGAAAAGAAAUGGCAGAUCAACUGGUCUAAAAAGGGGGUCUAUUUAAAGGCUAGAGUAUACAAAUUAGUUUUAAGAUGAGACUUAAAUGGUUCUACUGAGGUAGCAUCUCGAACUGUUACCGGGAGGGCAUUCCAGAGUACUGGAGCCCGAAUGGAAAACGCUCUAUAGCCCGCAGACUUUUUUUGGGCUCUGGGAAUCACUAAUGAGCUGGAGUCCUUUGAACGCAGAUUUCAUGCCGGGACAUAUGGUACAAUACAAUCAGCAAGAUAGGCUGGAGCAAGACCGUGUAGUAUUUUAUACGUAAGUAGUAACACCUUAAGGUCACAUCUUAAGUGCACAGGAAGCCAGUGCAGGUGAGCCAGUAUAGGCGUAAUAUGAUCAAACUUUCUUGUGCUUGUCAAAAGUCUUGCAGCCGCAUUUUGUACCAACUGUAAUCUUUUAAUGCUAGACAUGGGGAGACCCGAAAAUAAUACGUUACAGUAAUCGAGCCGAGACGUAACAAAUGCAUGGAUAAUGAUCUCAGCGUCGUUAGUGGACAAAAUUGAGCGAAUUUUAGUGAUAUUACCAAGAUGAAAGAAGGCCGUUUUAGUAACGCUUUUAAUGUGUGACCCAAACGAGAGAGUUGGGUCGAAGAUAAUACCCAGAUUCUUUAACGAAUCGCCUUGUUUAAUUGUUUGGUUGUCAAAUGUUAAAGUUGUAUUAUUAUAUAGAGGUCGGUGUUUAGCAGGACCGAUAAUCAGCAUUUCUGUUUUUUUGGCGUUGAGUUGCAAAAAGUUGGCAGACAUCCAUUGUUUAAUUUCAUUAAGACACGCCUCAAGCUGACGACAAUCCGGCGUGUUGGUCAGCUUUAGGGGCAUGUAGAGUUGGGUGUCAUCAGCAUAACAGUGAAAGCUAACACCGUAUUUGCGUAUGAUGUCACCUAGCGGCAGCAUGUAGAUGCUGAAGAGUGCAGGGCCAAGGACCGAACUCUGGGGAACUCCACACGUCACCUUAACAUAGUCCGAGGUCACAUUGUUAUGGGAGACGCACUGCAUCCUGUCUGUAAGAUAAGAGUUAAACCAAGACAGGGCUAAGUCUGACAUAGCAAUUCGUGUUUUGAUACGCUCUAAUAAAAUAUUAUGAUCGACUGUAUCGAAAGCAGCACUAACAUCGAGGAGCAGCAACAUAGAUGACGCAUCAGAAUCCAUCGUUAGCAAUAGAUCAUUAGUCAUUUUUGCGAGGGCUGUCUCAGUAAAGUGAUUUGCCCUGAAGCCGGAUUGAAAGGUUUCACAUAGAUUGUUAGACGCUAAGUGUUCAUUUAGCUGCUCUGCAACAAUUUUUUCGAGGAUUUUCCAAAUAAAGGGAAGGUGAGACACCGGUCGGUAGUUUACCAUGAGGUCAGGAUCGAGGUUAGGGCUUUCAAGGAGAGGAUGAAUAAUCUUUUUUUUUUAUGCUUGGGGAACAGUGCCAGAGGAAAGUGAUAAGUUUAUGAUAUUUAGCACUGAUGGACCUAAUAAUACAAAGAGCUCCUUGAUAAGUUUCCCAGUAAGUAGGUCAAGUAAGCAUGUUGUUUGUUUCAUUCCAUUUACACAUUGUAACAAUUCUUCUAAUGUUAUUUCAUCAAAACGAGAGAAGCUAGUUUGGAAGGCAGUCUCUGCCUUAUAUACAGUCGUAUCUGUGUUAAAAGAACCCAGUUGUAGCUGGGACGCAUUGUCUUCAAUCUCCUUUUUAAUUAGUUCAAUUUCCUUAUUAAAGAAAUUCAUAAAGUCAUCUGACGAGUGGGUGGAGCUACUGGAAGGAGUCCCUUGUUGGGUAAGCGAUGCUACUGUACUAAACAAAAAUUUAGGAUCGUUUUUAUUAAGGCGAAUGCGAUUUGAGUAAUAUUUAGCUUUAGCUAAGGUAAGCAUGCGUUUAUAAGGUUUUAAACUAUCACUCCAUGCUUGAUGGUGCACCUCAAGUUUAAUCGUGCGCCAUUUGCGUUCCAGCUUUCUACAUAAUAAUUUCUGAGCUCUCGUUUCUUCUGUAAACCAUGGCGUACGCCUUUUUGUAGCCUAUUUAGCGGAAUUCAGCUAUUCUUCUAUCCAAAGUGGUAAUUGUUUUCGAUGUCAGUGUAAAUCCGUUAAAACAAUGCGUAUUGUCCAAAUCAUGUUUCUUUCUUGGUGUAGCGGCUGGCUAUAGCGUUCUAGCCAAUGGCUUUGAAUAGGGGGCGGGACUUCCGUGGCAAGUGAUGUUUUGUUGUAGAGGUGAGAGUUUGUGCGAGUUUUCCCGUUAUGGAAUGAGACGUAUGUUGAGCUUUUUGUACGAGAGUGUGGCUCUUGUCAAAUAAAUGAAGGCAAACUGGAAAUUUGUCACAGCCUCCAUUCUUGGAACAUUUUAAUCGGUGUCGGUUGCUUCCGUCGACAAUUGGGAACGCUCGGAGAUGAAAGUAAAGUCAAGUAGCUGUGUGCACAUAGACACAUUUAAUUGGAUUAUAAACCUAACCGGAAUAAAAGAGCUUCAUGUAAACCAAUAUUCUGACCCUGCGCAUACACGUUCGGAUUAACAUUUAAUUCCAACUGAGACGGGUGAUUUAUGCUGACAGUCAUUCGGAUUGGAGAGCGUGAAAACACUUUUUCAUAUAGAUGGUUUGAAAAUAUUUUGACUGCACAUGUAUUUGACGUCCGCUAUACUUUGGUGGUGGAUCAGGUAGUAUAGUCUCAGAAUGAACCGAUUGUUUUGCUGUCUCUCCUCAUUCAACAAGUGCAGACGUAGCGUAAUAUGCUGUUGAGUUGCUUUAAAGGCCUACUGAAAUCCGAUUUUCUUAUAUAAACGGGGAUAGCAGGUCCAUUCUAUGUGUCAUAAAUGAUAAUUUCCCGAUAUUGCCAUAUUUUUGCUAAAAUGAUUUAGUAGAGAACAUCGACGAUUAAGUUCGCAACUUUUGGUGCUGAUAAAAAAUCCUUGCCUGUACCGGAAGUAGCAGACGGUAUGCCCGUGACGUCACGGGUUAUGGAGCUCCUCACAUCUGAACAUUGUUUACAAUCAUGGCCACCAGCAGCGAGAGCGAUUCGGACUGAUAAAAGCGACGAUUUCCCCAUUAAUUUGAGCGAGGAUGAAAGAUUCGUGAAUGAGGAAAGUUAGAGUGAAAGACUAGGAAAAAAAAAAAGGGGCAGUAGGAGCGAUUCAGAUAGGGAAGAUGCUGUGAGACGCGCCGUGGCAGCCGUGGGGGUGGCAGGACUACUCGGCUAGGCCCAACCGCAACAUGGGAUAGAGCCAUACCGCUUUGAACCCGACGCUGACGGUGGCGAUCAGGAGGACGCAUAUUGAUGCCGGAGUAGCACACGACAUAGAUCGCCUUCAGAAUACAAAAUGGUAAAAUGUUUUUUUAUUAAUACACAUAAUACACUGUACUUUGUGUGUGUGGUCCAAUCCAACCGUGUGCGCUUGACAUCUCUGUUCCAUAGUAAAGCUUGACUGUCAUCUUUCGGGAAUGUAAACAAUGAAACAUCGGCUGUGUUUGUGUUGCUAAAGCCGGCCGCAAUACACCGCUUACGACCUACAGCUUUCUUCUUUGAUGUCUCCAUUGUUCAUUGAACAAAUUGCAAAAGAUUCAGCAACACAAAUGUCCAGAAUACUGUGGAAUUUUGCGAUGAAAACAGACGACUUAGCUGGGAAGGAUGCUAGAACAAAAUGUCCUCUACAAUCCGUGACGUCACGCGCACGCACCAUCAUACCGAGACGUUUCAGCAGGAUUUUUCUGUGCAAAAUUUAAAAUUGUGAUUUAGUGAACUAAUCCGACCGUAUUGGCAUGUGUUGCAAUGUUAAGAUUUCACCAUUGAUAUAUAAACUAUCAGACUGCGUGGCCGGUAGUAGUGGGUUUCAGUAGGCCUUUAAAACGAGGCUAGCAAAAACAACAGUAGGGUCUGGAGUGUUAUGUGUCGAUGUAACAAUAAAAGAAGGGAUCCAGUUGUCUAAAUGAGCUGUUUUAUUCACAACAUUACAGCUACUCCAAGUGCUAGCUGCUAGCCUCAGAAACAUACACAGAUUGUUGUUACAUAAAGACGAGCGGCAACCUCUAUAAAAUCACAACAUAAAAGGCACAGAACGGCUCAAUUUCAAAAAGAAAGGUAAAACAAAAGUAGUGAAUAGAAGGGGAAAAAAUUAUCAAUACCGUGACGUCAGACAAGCCGAAAUGCACAAAGCCAUGUUUUUCUUUUACAGUGAAAGUCACUGCUUUUUCUUCAGCACCUGUAGUGAGCAACCUCGUCCAAACGUUUAUGUGCUGCGCAUGUCAGAGUAAAGUAUUCCAAUUUAAAGGCGCUAAAUGUAGGAAUGUGGCCAGAAAUGGUACUGCAAUCACAGUCAAAAUUAUGUAGUCCCCUCCCACUCUCCAUGACUGAGCCAGAUACACAGGCAAAUGACCGGGCUAGCAUGCUCAGUAAGCUUUACACUAGGAGCUGAGCAUCACACAAUAACCAUUCGUUGCAUGAACAUACUAGCUGUGUUAGACAAGAUCAUAGACUGUAUUGGGCAAUUUAGUUUACAUACAAAAUGUCCAUUUCCAUUUACUACAAGUAAUAAGAAAAUGUAAAUGUCUGACUUACAUAUCAAGGAGGAAAUAAGCAAGUUUGGCGUCGGAUGAAACAACCUUCUCCACCUUAAAUCGUCUCCAUCUUUCAAAGGCAUCCUCGAUACAAAUCCUUGUUUUGUUCCUGGCUUUGUCAUGAACAAGUUGAGAACCAUAACGGCGCCUUUUAGAUUUACUAAGGUCUGACAUGUUUAGUAACUUUACCAGUGGCAGUAGCUCGACGAAGAGGGCGGUGCGUAGCUGGCAACCUGGAUGUGACACACUCAUUGACUUUCUAUUGGUCAAACAGUAGAGGGCGGGGCAUUGAAAUGAGAACAAUAAAAAAAAAAUUUAAGGCUGUAAAUCUAAUUUUGAAAUGAGCAUAUCCCGGCUGAGCUAGAGUUAUCAGCUAUAUAGGUAUUCAAAAAUGGCAUGAUUUAUUACUGCCUUUUGACAUAUGAGGGCCAUUUAAUGAUGACUUGACAUGAAAUGAUUACAUAUGGCGCCUUUCAAGGUGUGAUGCAUGAAUCCAAAUGAUGAUCAGAUUAAAUACAUUUUGUCCAGGUACAUGUUGCUAUGGUCAGCAUCUUGGCCACGUUUUUGCUAGCAAAUGUGUCCUUAAAAUCUUUGCAUAUUAAGGUACAACAGGGACAAGCGGUAGAAAUGGAUGGAUGGAUGUUAAUAUUAUAGUGUAGGAUUGGUAAAUGUAAUGUAGUGAUUUUGUUUUGAAUUAACACAUUCGUGUAUUGUAAUUACUGGCUCUGGCAAGCUCACGACUUAUUCAACAUGUCGCGGAACGGUGUCUCGGUUGAAUGUGGUAAUAAAAAAUUAUUGGAGCUGGUCGUGGUUAGAAAAAUAAAUGGACUGGUGCCUGCUUUUGGAAUUAAUUUUAAAGCACAAAGAGUUUGAGAAAACAGUUUGUAGUCGACGGGAAAAUGAUCAACAAUGGUGGCAAAGGCUGGUUGUCAUUGAAACGCCAUUGCAAGGGAAGCUAACAUGCAGUGAAGAAAAGAUAAAGAAAAUACAUCUACAAACUGCCUGGUGAGUCAUUUUCAUAAGUUACUAUUCUUAGAAAGUAAUAAUAUGGCAUCUUGCUGUUGACAAUAUAUUAUGUCUCAUGAUUUUAAUGAUGAUUUAAAAUACUAACUGUUAGAAGAUCUAGUGUUGCAUGACCAAAGUUGCCUAGAAAGCCCUAUGAUGUAUAACCAGGAAUUUAUUAAGAUUACAGGUUAUACAAAUCUCCAUGUUAUAAUUGAACAAACACCAACUUGUAGCAGACAACAUGAAUGCAGUUUUACUUCCAUGAUUAAGUGACUUACUUGUUCGACAAAAUAUUUGAGUUUUUACAAUUUCAACAUUUGUUAUCAUAAAUAUGUCAUCAUUCUUAAAUUUGUUUGAAACUUCAAAUUGGUCUUUUCAUACAUGAAAACACUAGCUCUAGGGGUAUUUUCUUUAAAUUGUAUUUUUAAAGACUGUAUAUGUAGGAAAUGCCUUCCAAAUCAUCCUAACAAUGGUCAAAUAUGGCCUGGGCUGCCAGCUGAUAUUUUUAAAAAUGUUUUCAAUUUUUUUUUUUUUUUUACCUCACUGUGAUCCCAGAUACAUGUAACUGUUUUUUUCCCACCAGAAAUGGUCAAAAAUAAACUUCAUAAACAAUAUAUAGCUCCACGGGUCACAACAUUAAGCACACCUGCGCAAUCUUGGAUCGAUACAAGAUUCAUAAAAAAUCUGCUUUUAGUAGCUUUUAUCUCACUGCAUUGGUGUUAUCAUGCACAUGGCAAGAUUAAAUGAAAAUAAUAUAUUG